CAUCCUUUCAAAGGAUCGACGAGUCUCUAUUUUCGAGACACAGCUGGCAGCUGCACUUUGGCUCGUGUUUUUUUUUUUUAAGUGACGCGUCACACGUCUUUCUUCAGCCUUCUCACGACGUCGCGGGGAACAUGGGCGAUGUGAGGAAGGGAUACGUGGACACAGAGGCCGGGCAAAUCCACUACCGCAGAUGCGGCCAAGGCCCGCCGUCCAUCCUGCUGCUGCACUCUGCCGCCCAGUCGUCCGCCAUGUUCACAUCAGCGCUCAAGCGAAUGGCGGCGGCCGGCCUGCAUGCCGUGGCGCUAGAUCUGCCCAACUGCGGGGAGUCGUGUCGUGCCGCGUCAGCACGCGCUGAUUCCGCGCAAGCAGCUCAGCUCCCGGGCGGCGAACUGACCAUGGUUGACGUGGCGAACCUCGUGCUUCAAGCUGCUCAUGCACUUCAAUUUGCACCGCCGUUUGACAUCGUGGGCCACGAGGCUGGUGCCACAGUGGCGCUGCACAUAGCGGCGGAGCUGCCGCACGUGGUGCGGCGCGUGGCGCUGUGGGGCGUGCCCAUGCUGGGCUUCAUGGAGCGCGGGGACGUGCUGCGCGAGGACACCCCCGAUGGGGACUACCACGCCGACCUCCCCGCCGCCGUCGCCAAGUUCCUCGAGGCGAGGUUCCCCGAGGGCCAGGGCGUGCCGUGGCAGCUGAAGGUGCGCACGCUGAUCGGCGCGCUGCAGACGUUUGAGCGGCGGCCGUGGCUGUCGCGCGCCAUGGCUGUGGUGGACCACGGCGACCUGCUGCGGAGGAUCCAGUCGCCCGUGCUCUGCAUGGCGGGGGAGGGCGAGCCCCUGCACAAGGCGACGAGGAAGGCCGCCCUGAUGUGCAAGAGCGGCGAGUACAUGGACAUGGGCGCGGCGGGGCGCGACGUGGUGGACGAGCUGCCGGACGACUACACCAGCGCCGUGCUGCACUUCCUCUGCGCCCACGCCCCCUCCGCUGGCCCCGCGGAACGAACCAGCUACUCCGUGCCGCCUGCUGAUGUGGCGGGGGGUGUUGAUCGGCAGCUGUCUGACCUAGAAAUGAAGGAGGGCGGCGGCGGGCACCGUCCACUGCAGAAGCAUUUGUCGCACAAUGCGGUCCUGAUGAGCAAGGGACAGAGCGGGCCUCAGCAUACACAUGGGCAUGGGCAUGGGCAUGGGCAACAGCAUGGCGGGCAUGGGCAUGGGCACGGGCAUGGGCAUGGGCAUCGGCAUGGGCAUGGGCAAUCGCAUCAAGAGCAGGCAAGGGAGAAGUGGUGCGAUGCACGCGCACCUGCACAGGGCGAGGCGGAGCAGCGGGAGGGGGGCACGGAGGCAAGGGAGGUGGCGGGGCAGCAGGGGCGGAGCGGGGGCGAGAGCAUGAGCAGCAUGGCGACAUCUCCCAGCAUGGCGUCGUCGCCCAUCAUGGCGUCGUCGCCCACCAGCCGGUCGUCCACGGAGAGCGAGGAGCGGCGCACGUCGGGCGGGGAGAAGCGCACAAAAGGCCGCAUCAAGUCAUUCUUCAGAGGGAAGAUCAGCGCGUGAGGGGAGAGCAGCGUUUAACGGAGGACGCCGAUUGAUGGCUGCGCAUGUGCCCCACUUAGUGCCCUUGAGGAGCCCUUGAGGAGCCCUUGAGGAGCCCUUGAGGAGCCCUUGAGGAGCCCUUGAAGAGCCCUUGAGGAGCCCUCGAGGAGCCCUUGAGGAGCCCUUGAGGAGCCCUUGAGGAGCCCUUGAGGAGCCCUUGAGGCACGCAGCCCUUGAGGCACACAGCCCUUGAAGAAGAAAGCACGGACCUUUACGCCCGCAGGAAUGUCGUAUGAAGAGCAGCGCGCACCUUGUGAGGCUGAGCAGGCUGGGAAUCAGUCACACGUGCGCCGCUUACACAAGUGCUGCUGCGCCUCUAUUCUUGUAUGGCCUUGGCCUAGGGCCUGGCCCGUUAUAGGUAGCCUUUUUGCUGCACCAGUGCAGCGCAUAGGUGGCUUGAUAUAUGGUAUGUAUGUAGCAUCAG